AUGAUAUUGCCGCUGAGCCAAGACACGGGAGAGGCUGCCCCAUCGAUGCCUUGCAAUCCUCAGGUCCGCCGUGACAGGCGCGCCGCAGUGCAAACCGCGGAUGUGGUGUGCACUGUGGAGGGCGUCAGCGGAGCCACCUCCAAGUCCUCAUCGGGCACACCGAGCCGGAAACAGACACCCGAAGUGGCGAAAUCCGCCCUCAAGAGGGCAGGGACUCCCGCAGGACUCCAGAAAUCUGCGUCGAUCACACUGGGCAGGUCGAAGUCCUCCCCCGACUUGCGCUCGGUGCUCUGGCCGUCCAAAGGCGCCUCCCCGCUCUCGGUGCGCAGGCUUUUCGGCCGGAACGUGAGCUUCAACGCACAGCUGGAAUUCUACAACGAUGGAGACGUGGACGCCUGGUCACUGUUCAAGUUCCUCAUCAAACUGAUGCUGGCCAUGUCGCCGCUGCGGCAGGAGCGCUCUGGCGACAUCCCUAGGUACACGGGCUCGUUGAACGUGAACCGAAGGUUUGCCACCCCGUCCAUUCUCGGAAUACCGCCACUGUCGUGGCCGGCCCUGUGCCACUUCCUCUUCUGGCUGGUGCUGCCAUGCUUGUACUCCCUGACUGCGCUGAUCAUCCCCAUCAAUGCAGACGCCCAGGGAGGGCUGGACCUGCCGUUCUCUCUUGGAGUCGUCUUCCUGUGGGGAAUCGUCAAGAGCUUCUACGCAAUGCUGUGGUUCGAGGCUUAUUUCGGGACUACGGUCGACUAUCGAUACUUCAUAGUCGCGGCAGCCGGCACCCUGGCUCCCAUUGCCCACAUCUCGCUGUCCGCGGCCAGUGGGAGUCUGUUGUACUUUGGAAUCAGCCUUUCGGGCGCCUUCGUGGACAUCGCCGUAUCGGUGGGCGUCUACUUCAUGCUUCCCAAAAAGGACGGUCUGGGGGUGAAGGGGCAGCUGGUGAUAUCCGUCUCAUUGCUCCUGGCGUUCACCCUGUCACUCAACCUCCUCAAGAUGCUCAACACGGCAAACGCCCGGGGGCCGCAGAUGGGCUACAUGCUGAUGCUCAUCCUGCCGCCAAUCUUCACCCGCCUCACGACCGACAUUCAAGAGGCCCUUCCAAACGUCUCGCUGGAAUUCUCAAUUGUAUCGCAGGGGCUUUUGACCUAUGCCUUCUCCAUUUCCACCUACAACAUCCUCGUGUUCUUCUCCCUCCAAAUUCGUCUUUGGAAGUUCUACCUCGUCAUCCUCGCGGCCGACACGGCGUGCAUGUUUGCCGUGGGGCCCAUCUGGUCGCUGUGGAGCACCGCGGGGUACCUGCGGACGUCCAAGUACAUGCAGACGAUCUUUGGAUGGGCGCAGAACCCGAUAAAGCCGAGACCUGUGCUGGUUAAGUACUACACCAGAUUCUUGGCCGCGCUGGUGUUUUCUGUGGUUCUGUCCAUCGUCAAGAGCUCAGGGAACGGUGACGUAAUGAACGCCGCCGCCCAUGUGGACGACAACACGAAGCUCGGAGACUUGUGGGCGUGCACCCUGGCGGAUGCGCUCAUCAGCGCCUUUUGGGUCAUCUUCAUGUACAGGUUGAUGAAAUUGCGCUGCUCCAAAGACGCGUUCAACGACGCCGUCAUACAGUUCUCAAAGAAUCUGUGCGACAUCCAGUUGGGUGCCACCGUCUCGACCCUGAUGCUGUUCCUGAUCAAUUCAAAGGGAGAGAAUGGUUUGGAUAACUACAGCUAG